AAGUCCAGAGACCGAUGUGUGGGAGGGAGAGAACCCAUACCUGGCAGCCCCCCGGGGCCUGGCCUGGCCUGCCUGGCUCUGGCCUGUUUACUGCCCUGCUCUGGGCCUCGGUUUGUCCCUCGGGUACACGGAGAGAUCGAGCUCAGGUUUUGGAAGGGUGAUUGAAGAGUUGAUGAAGAUCCAUGUAACAGGAAGACAAUUUGGGUAGACGAGCGGACAAAGCCCUGGAUAACCAACCAAGGAAGCUACAAUAUGCAAAUGAAUGGAUUGUGGCUCUCCUCCUGGUUGGCUGGAGGGGGCCCAAUGUCACAAUGCAUGGGGUUUCUCCACUCCAAAUGAUUGUGUCUCUAGCCCCCCAAAAUUCCCUGACCAGACGGGUCUCUUAGCUCCCUCUCUUUGUCCCCACGGGAAGAGAGACCAUGGAACCACUCUAUCGGGCUGGGUCCAUCCUCAUGAAGGUGAACACUUUACAAGGGAAGAAGAUGGUGGAGAGCGGCCUCCAGUCCGGAGACUUUUCCCUCCCUCAGUCGUGGCCUUCCUGCUUCCCGCCGCCAGCGGACCUGGAGAUCCUGCAGCAGAAGGUGGCCGGGGUGCAGCGGGAGCUGGCGGACUUCAAGAAGGAGGCGCUGCAGGCCAUCCGUGACCUGGAGGUCGCCUUCUGCGAGCUGAACGGCGCGCUGGCGCAGCAGGAGGAGCAGGCGGCCCGCGUGAAGCAGCGGCUCAGGGAGGAGGAGGACCGCGGCGUCGUGCGGAAUAAGGUCCUCACCUUCCUGCUGCCCCGCGAGAAGCAGCUCUGGGAACACUGCAGGCGGCUGGAGCGCAUGCUGCUGGGCUCCAACCGCGACGCGCUGGCCAGUCCCAGGAAGAUCCAGGCAAACUGAGGCCUCCUUGCGGCCGAGCGCCAAGUGGAAGAUUUUUCUUUUUUUUUUAAUGGAGGGGCCAACCUAAGUCCCUCUCCAUUUGCUACCCUUUCCCCAUUCCCAUUGCUUUCCUUCCACCUCAAUAACACCUUGCUGAGAGGCGAAAAGACCCCAGUAUGUUCUUUAGGUGAAGCUCCCGUUCGCCCAGCAUCACAGGAGGCACCCAAUCGUCAGUCUUUCAGACACCUGUAACUUGCACCGUUAACUGUUUUCCUGUUUGUCAUGGUAAUAUUGCUCAAAUGUAUAACAUGAUUUUUUUUUUUUUUUAAUCUUCUUAAACCGAUGUGUUGAACAGA